AUGCACACUUUCAAAACCGUGAAAUACAACAGAAUAUCAGCUGAAGUAUCAUCACACAAAAAAGAUCACGAAAGCGACUACAAGGGCCAAAAAUUAGCAGAACAGAUUUUUCAAGGAAUCAUUCUUGUCUCUGCAAUAAUUGGCUUUAUCUAUGGAUACAUCACUGAACAGUUCGGCUGGACUGUCUACAUAGUUAUGGCUGGGUUUGCUUUAUCGUGUUUGCUAACGCUCCCUCCAUGGCCUAUGUACCGCCGCAAUCCUCUGAAGUGGCUGCCUGUCCAGGAGUCGGGAACAGAAGAAAAGAAGCCAGCAGACAGAAAGCCAAAGAGACACGCUAAAAGCUAAAAAAUGUAGUUUUUCAUGCUGUACUUUG